AUGUCAGUCCGUGCUCGUCCGUGUUUUGUCGGUCCGAGUCUGUCCGUGUCCGUCUGUUGUCUGUCCGUGUUUUGUCAGUCCGUGCUCGUCCGUGUUUUGUCUGUCCGAGUCUGCCCGUGUUCGUCCGAGUUUUGUCAGUCCGAGUUUGUCCGUGUUUUGUCAGUCCGUGCUCGUCCGUGUUUUGUCUGUCCGAGUCUGUCCGUGUCCGUCUGUGUUGUCUGUCCGUGUUUUGUCAGUCCGAGUCUGUCCGUGUCCGUCUGUGUUGUCUGUCCGUGUUUUGUCAGUCCGAGUCUGUCCGUGUCCGUCUGUGUUGUCUGUCCGUGUUUUGUCAGUCCAUGCUCGUCUGUGUUUUGUCUGUCCGAGUCCGUCCUGUUCUGUUGGGAAACAGCGUUAGAUAAAUCUAUUCCGUUGUUUUUGCAUGCGGUUGAAGAUGGUAGUAAAAGUUUUGCUGUUCAGUUGGAGAAGACAGUGGACAACAAACCCAUUUAUAUUUUGAAGCUGCCAAACAUCCCAAAAACCAUAGAAGAAAUGAUUAUUGUUCGAUUUUGGUUGGAACAACUUUUUAAUUGUAGUUUUGAAAAGGCCGAUUUUAGAAAUAUUAUAUUUAAUCCAACAAUGAUUAAUUUAUUAUUUGAUAAUGACGAAACAAUUCUUAAACAAUUUCACGUUAAAUGCAUCUAUUUAUCAUCUAGCAACAACAACAAGACAAUCGAAAAUAUUUUAAAUUUCGGCUUAAUUCAUUUUGCAAUUUAUGAGUCUUUAAACGACAUCUUUCAUGACAACCUUUCAGAUGAACAAACAAAUAUUUUACUCAACAUUAUAAAAAAUGAAGGCAAAAAAUUACCUAAAGUUGUGUUCGUUUUUGAAAAAUUUACAAAGCUUUAUGAUCUUAUAAUUGAAUUUAUUACAACUUCUAAGAAUGAUUUCUCAAAAAUGGUGCCUUCUAUUACCUUAGGUGGUAUUUUAUUACAUCAUUUUAAAUUGAACGAGAGAGCAGAAAAAGUUGAAAAUAUCCAAGACGGUGAAUCAAAAAUUACAAAAUACCAAAUUGCCAAUAUUUAUAAUCCAAAAGCGAGAUUUUCAUUUCAUCAUACGGAUAUUAACAUGGAAAUUGGAGAUGGAUGGGUUUUUAUUGCUGAAAUUGAAAAAAUGGAAGAGCAGAAGUAAAAAGGAUUUAAAAUUUGUUGUUUAAAUUUCAUUGAUUUUUGAUAAAAUUUUUUGUUUUAAUUUAUAUUUCACCGUUUUUAAAGGUUAAAACCUGCCAAUUCAAUUUUUUAAAAUAUUUUAAAAAAUAUUUUCAUCAAAAUAAUUUUUUUCACUUGUCGGGCUAAAACACUGAACGGAUUUAUUGCUGAAUUUUUAAAAAAUUCAGCUUUUUAUUAUAUAUGGAAAAAUCCUGAUAUCAAAAAUGAAUUUUUGGUUAAUUAAAAUCUCUUGACCGUUCUUCGGUCGUUCCGUGUUUUGUCUGUUCUCUGUCAUGGCGUUCCUUGUUUUGCCCCUCCCAUUUUUUCAAGAAAAUCCCUCCCAUUUCAUUAUAUUCAAAUUUAAUUUUUUCAUGCCGCUCAACAUUUCCCCAUUUACCAAAGCUCCUUUUAACUACCGUAUUUGCUCUAUUAAUCCCCCAGUCUUUAUUAAUCCC